CAUUGUCCAGCUGCGAUGGGGCGCACUCGGACACAUGUGCGUUUCUGCACAAGGAGCUUCCGAUACCAGGCAUUUCGCUUGGCACCAGCUCCCGGAGAGCGAAAGACGCGGUUCGAGGAGUCGGAGCUCCACGCAUGGCAAUGGCUCAUGCAGUGGAGCGAUAGACCUCCUCUUGAGCAGGUUCCGGCACAAUUCCGCGAACUUGUCCAGAAGGCGGUGCAACUGCCGCCUGAGCCACCUGUGAAGCAAGACCAGCUUGUUGUGCAGCCAGCUUUGGAACCGCCUGAGCCACCUGUGACGCAAGACCAGCAAGUUGUGCAGCCAGCUUUGGAACCGCCGCCUGAGCCACCUGUGAAGCAAGACCAGCAAGUUGUGCAGCCAGCUUUGGAACCGCCGCCUGAGCCACCUGUGACGCAAGACCAGCAAGUUGUGCAGCCAGCUUUGGAACCGCCGCCUGAGCCACCUGUGACGCAAGACCAGCAAGUUGUGCAGCCAGCUUUGGAACCGCCGCCUGAGCCACCUGUGACGCAAGACCAGCAAGUUGUGCAGCCAGACCGUGAAGCUCCCUCGCAGCCCGUGCCUGACCGCACACCACCAAAGAGAGCAGCACCACAGGACACUAGCGAGACUCCUGACAAGGCAGCCCUCGGGUGGAAACGCAUCCGACACAAGGCGCCCCAGCCAGAGAGUUGCAAGACAGCGUUUCAGGAGGCAGCGACGCUGACAGAGGAGCAGCUGGAGCAGAUCCGGUCACACGUGAGGGCGCGGCAGGGUCACAAGGGUGGAAACCAAAAGAGAAUCGGCUUCUCCAAGGAGCCUACGGACAAGUGCAGUGUGUGCUUCCACUGCAAACACGCCGUGAAAUGGGCUGAGAUGAGGGAUGCUAAGCAUGGCACGCUUCCAAGAGGCGCACUGUGCUACGCUUGUCACCGAGCAACCUUAGCUCUUGGUGCGCAUUCUCGAUCCCGUGACAUCUUUGCAGCAGUGCCUGGGGCCAUGAGUGUUUGGCGAUACCGUUCACAACUUGAGCGUGCCAAGCUUUUAAAAUAUGACGGGGAUGAGAAUUUGCACAGGUCUUGCGUUUUAACUGGUGGCUUGUGUUUUAUGGAUUGGGCUCCCCCAAAUAGGCGCCAAACUCUGCAUUUUGGACCAAAGAGAAACCAUGCCAUUCUCAUGGAUUCAUGGUUCACAGGUGAAACAAAAAAGAUAAACCACAAGGCAAUGCAAGUUUGA